AUGAGCGUUCAGAGGAACCUGGGCAGGUAUAUAAAGGUCCCAGCCCAGGAGGCUCCACACCUGCACACCUCCAUCUCCACCUGCUCCUCUGACCUCUCCAUCUCCAUCACCAGAACCAUGACCGGCUGUGCCUGUUCCGGAGGCUGUGGCUCCAGCUGCUCCUGUGUGCCCGUGUGCUGCUGUGUGCCAGCCUGUCCCUGCUCCAGCUGUGCCAAAGGGAGCUGUGGGGGCUGCAAGGGAGGCUGUGCUUCCUGUGGGGGCUGUAGCUCCUGUGAGGGAUGCAAGGGAGGCUGUGGCUCUUGUAGUUGUUCCAAGGGAGGCUGUAGCUCUUGUGGGGGCUGCAAGUCCAGCUGUUGCCAAUCCAGCUGUUGCAAGCCCUGUAGCUGUGAACCCAGCUGCUGCAAGCCCUGCAGCUGCCAGGUGAGUUGCUGCAAGCCCUGCAGCUGCGAACCCAGCUGCUGCAAGCCCUGCUGCUGCCAGGCCAGUUGCUGCAAGCCCUGUAGCUGCGAACCCAGCUGCUGCAAGCCCUGCUGCUGCCAGGUCAGCUGCUGCAAGCCCUGUAGCUGUGAACCCAGUUGCUGCAAGCCCUGCUGCUGCCAGGUCAGCUGCUGCAAGCCCUGCUGCUGUGAACCCAGCUGCUGCAAGCCCUGCUGCUGCCAGGUCAGCUGCUGCAAGCCCUGUAGCUGCGAACCCAGUUGCUGCAAGCCCUGCAGCUGCGAAUCCAGCUGCUGCAAGCCCUGCUGCUGCCAGGCCAGUUGCUGCAAGCCCUGCAGCUGUGAACCCAGCUGCUGCAAGCCCUGCUGCUGCCAGGUCAGCUGCUGCAAGCCCUGCUGCUGCUGCGAACCCAGCUGCUGCAAGCCCUGCUGCUGUGAACCCAGCUGCUGCAAACCCUGCUGCUGCCAGGUCAGUUGCUGCAAGCCCUGCUGCUGUGAACCCAGCUGCUGCAAGCCCUGCUGUUCCCAGUCCAGCUGCUGUGCCCCUGUGUGCUGCCAGUGUAAGGUCUGA